AUGGGGCUUCUCCCCAGCCUCAGUGCCAGCCUGGCCUGGGUGCUCCUCAGCGCCGUUCUGGGCACGGAGUUGGGUUUGCAGGAAAGUUUACUGCUAAAAUCCUUGGGUUUGAGCGCCAAGCCCAACCCAAAAACCCCCGUUCCGGUGCCCUCUGUGCUCUGGCGGAUCUUCCAGAGGAGAAAGACGCUGCCUUCUACAGACAAAGACCUGGUGGAUGGCUGUAGGGUGGAGGAAUUUAAUGUCCCUGGGAACAUCAUCCGCGUCUUCGCUGACCAAGGCCACUUCCUUCACGAGGGGCAGCCCCAGAGGUUGCUGUGUCUGCAGAAGCGUCUGUACUUUAACCUCUCGGUGCUGGAGGAGGGUGAGCACUUGACGAUGGCUCAGCUGGAGAUCAAAUUCAGCCACAACUCCUACCACGCCUCCAGCCAGGGGCAGGUUUUUGAGCUGAGGCUCUACCAAACCUCCCAGAUGUCUCUACGGGGGAUGCCCUCCCCAGAGCGCAGCCGAAAGCUGCUGGUGGAGCAGUCCUUCGCCCAGCUGCACAAGUCUCUUCUCUUCAACAUGAGCAGGGUGGCGAAGGACUGGAGAACGUACAGCGGGCUGCAGAGCCUCUGCACCAGCAUCGACUCCUUCCUGGACACCUCUCUCCUGGUGGUGACCCUCAGCCAGCAGCAGUGCAAGGCUUCCAGGAGGAGGAGAAGCGCUCACUACCCCGCCGUCACUCCGAGCAACCUCUGCAAGCCCCGGCGGCUGUACAUCAGCUUCAGCGACGUGGGAUGGGAGAACUGGAUCAUCGCUCCGCAGGGCUACCUGGCUAAUUACUGCCUGGGCGAGUGCCCCUUUCCCCUGACGGCGGAGCUGAACAGCACCAACCACGCCAUCCUGCAGACCAUGGUGCACUCGAUGGACCCGGAGGGGACCCCCCAGCCCUGCUGCGUCCCCGUCAGGCUGUCCCCCAUCUCCAUCCUCUACUACGAUAACAACGACAACGUGGUGCUGAGGCACUACGAGGACAUGGUGGUGGACGAGUGCGGCUGCAGGUAG